AUGUCAAAUCUUUCAUUGAACAGAAAUGUUCAACACCAAAUUCACAAUUUGAAUCAACGUCUGAUUCAAAUCACACAUGAAAUUGAACAAAUUACUACUAAGUUGAGUAAAAAUAAAGAGGAAUAUGAGUGGAUCCUAGAUCAAGAUUCAGAAAAGUUUGAAGGCGGUGAUACACAGAAAUCGCAUAUACUAGUCGAAUACGAAUGGCAAAAGUCUCAAUUAUUACAAAAUAAGGAAAGUUUAGAAAAUGAGAAGGCAAAUAUUCAAAAUCACCUCUUAAAAUUACAUGAUAAUGAGAUGUCUAAAAAUAUGUCCAAUUUGUCUCUUCAUCAUAAAAAGGAUCGUGGAAGUGGUGGUUCUACUAGUUCGGGCCCAACACAUUUGCAUCGAAGAGGAUUUUGA